AUGGCCCUCCUCGGCCGACUUGUGCUGCUCGGAAGCGUGCUGCAGCUUGCUCACUUGGGUUCCGCCCAGACCAUCAAGUCCGUGACUGAUGGCAGGAUUAUUGAGGCCAACGAGGGGACCGUCGCCCCGGCUGCCCAGCAGGUUGAGGGCAGCGGCCUGCAACUGACGGAUGCCGUUCUGGCAAAUCUAACUCAGUUGCAGCUCAGCAACAUAUCACUAUUCCAAUUCGCCAAUGAGUCGGACCAACCGAAGCAGAGCCGCUCCGAUGGCUGCAAGACAUACCCGGGCGACGGGCAGUACCCGAGCCAGUCGGUGUGGCGCGUCUUCGACUUGCUGACCGGUGGCGCGCUCAUCAAGACGGUACCCAUCGGCGCUGCUUGCUAUCAGAACAGCGACCACUAUGACUACGCGAAAUGCCAGGCCAUCCUGGCUGGUUGGACUGAUGACGCCGUCCACGAGGCCGAUCCGACUUCCGCCAUGUCUCCUCUGUACCAAGGCCUCACCUGCUUGCCCCAGAAUGCCAACGUGAGCGGCGCGACCUGCGAGAUCGGCGGCUACCCUACCUAUGCCGUCAACAUAUCCAGUGUCGCCCAGAUCCAGCUCGCCAUCAACUUCGCCCGCUCCACCAAUGUGCGUCUCGUCGUCAGGAACACUGGCCACGACUUCCUCGGCAAGUCUAUUGGCUACGGUGCUCUGUCCAUCUGGACGCACAACCUCAAGGACCUCGAGUUCGUCGAGCAAUACUCCGACCAGUCCUCUGACUACAGCGGCCCCGCGGUCAAGGUCGGCGCCGGUGUCAAUGUCGGCGAGCUCUACGCCUUCGCAGACAAACACGGCGUCACCGCAGUCGGCGGUGAGUGCAAAGGCGUGGGUGUCGCCGGCGGCUACUUCACUGGCGGUGGCCACUCACCUCUGACUGGCAAGUACGGCAUGGCCGCCGACCACGUUCUCUCCAUCGAUGUGGUCCUGCCCAGUGGCAGAUAUGUCACGGCCAACGCCCACCAGAAUCAAGACCUCUUUUGGGCCAUCCGCGGCGGCGGCGGCGCCACCUGGGGCGUCGUCACUAGUGUGACCUUCAAGGUCCACCCCAAGCUCAACUUCAGCGGUGUCACCUGGAAUAUCACCUCCGGGCCAGACACCAACAACACCGACGACCUCUUCUUCGAGGCACUCUACGCCUACUGGCGCCGCUUUCCUGGAUGGGCCGAUCAGGGCAGCUACGGCUACUCGAAGAUCUACAGCCGCGGCACCGGCGCCGGCUACGCCUGGGACAUGCUGCCCUGGCUUGUUCCUGGCAUGGGGCUGGACGACUUUAAGGAAAUGGUCGCCGACAUCUUCGACGAGUGGACCGAGAUGGGAUUCGACUUCACGCCCGAGUAUUUCGAGCACGACAACUUCUACGAGACGUGGUCGACUCACUUCCCCACCGAGACUGUCGCCAACACCAACCUCCACACUGGCAGCCGCCUCUUCCCACGCAAGACCUGGGAGGACGAGGCGCUGCUCAACAAGACAAUGGACACCAUCCGCAGUAUUGUAGAGGACGGAUCCCGCCUCAUUCAGUACAAUGUGAACGGCGCCGCUGUUCCCGACACCCCGGACAGCGCCGUCCUUCCGGCCUGGCGUGACACUGUCUUUUUCGCUAUCGUCGGCGUGUCCUGGGCCGACGGCAUCUCGGAGGACGAGCUCAAGGCCGCUAACGAGAAGCUCACUGACGACAUCAUGCAGCGCCUGCGCGAUGUUACCCCGGGAAGCGGCAGCUACCUGAACGAGGGGGACGUCAUGGAGCCGAACUUCGGUGAGGCUUUCUAUGGCGCCAACUAUGACCGCCUCCUCCAGAUUAAGGCCGAGAUCGACCCCUGGGACACCUUCUGGGCUCCGACUGCUGUCGGCAGCGAGGACUGGUAUAUCACUGACGUCCCUGACUGGCUGACCUACCAGACCGGCAAGCUUUGCCGCAAGCAGAAUUAA